GAGGGUUAAAAGGUGCGAGAUGCCAGGCAUUAUCCUUGACUCUGACAUCAAAUGAUGCCCUUUUUUUCUUGUUCCUUUUUUUCCUCGGCUAUAAAAACUCCAGGACCAACCGUGACCGGGGUUUUCAAACUUUGGGAUCUUUGCCAUUUUAUUUUAUCUCCUCCUGCAGGUGUGCAUAUCGUGCUCAGUCUGAGAUCACUCUGUCAAUAAACCGUAUAUCAACCACUUGUCAUUUCGCACCGAAGGCAACACCAGUUUUAUUUCCCGUCGUUAAAUUCAUAAGUGGUGGGCCAAGUAUCGACCAAUAUCUAGCCUUUGAGCGGGAGCAAAGAGAGGUCCCUGGGUGGAGGAGCAACGCCUCCCGAGCUAACAAACCUUCAGGUUGAUAUCAUUUUGGGUUAGUUUGUCUAGUUUCAGUCAGUCAUGACUCUAGAGUUCCUAAUGCCCCAACCCCACCACUACCAGCAAGAAGGAACCAUGUACCGGCACCCGAAUCCAGCGGCACAGGCCUACUCCUCUUUCAACUACAGCCAGACUCCGACCAGCCAGUACCCGUCCGAGUAUUCCCCGUCAGCAACCGGCUCGUAUCAGGUCUCGAGCAGCCUGGAUGCCCAGCAGCAACAGUCGGUCCCGACCACCAACUCUUCCUGGGCCUCGGCGGGCUUCCCAACCGCCGUGGACUGGGCCACGGCGUCCCAAGACCCGUUCGGUGCCGGCGCCUUCCCCGGCCAAACACCGGCCGGACCUAUGAGCAGUUCACCGUACAACUCCGAGGAUCUGGACUACUACCAGGGCUUCGGCCAGCAGACCGCCGUCAAUAGCGUCUCUCAGGCCCUCCACCGGCCGGCGAUGCGCUCGCCUUACCACGAUUGGAUGAGGUCCACUUCGUACCGGGUCAAUCCUCAAACAGGUAAAACUCGGACUAAAGAUAAGUACCGUGUGGUGUACUCGGAUCAUCAGAGGCUUGAGCUGGAGAAGGAAUUCAUCUACAGUCGGUACAUCACCAUCAGACGCAAGGCGGAGCUCGCAGUGUCACUGGGACUAUCCGAGAGACAGGUCAAGAUCUGGUUCCAGAACCGGCGAGCCAAGGAGCGCAAACAGAGCAAGAAGCGGGCGGCCCUGAGCGGCGAGACCACGGCCGACCAGACCCGGCUGGACGCCUCCCCGGACGGCGCAGUGGAAGCGGACAGAGGAGGGCCGGACAUCAAGAAAGAGGCGGCGACCAAGGAGGAGUUGGACCCGGUCGAGACGGGGGAACGGACCCCGGUCAGCACGCCCGAGGUGCUGGAGAUUGUCCGCACCGCCAACCCUUGCUUACACAACACCACGCACCCACCGCCGGAGAUGGUCCUGAACGCAGCGGUGCAGAUGCAGCUGGGUGGUACCGGAGGAUGCCACCUUCAGACGGCCCACGCGACGGCCACCGCCUCGCUCCUUCACGCCAUGCCCGCCAUGCAUAACAUGAAAUGAAAACUGCCCUGUCUUCAUGCAAUAUGAAAGCUUUCUUUAACUUCGAAGAACAAUGUUAUCCGCAUCAGAAAAUCACUAGUCUUUUUUACGGAGAUCAAGUUAAUUCAUCGUUAUGAUCAAUAUUUUUUGUUUUAAAGGAAUUACAACUCGACAAAAACAUAAACUGAAAACAACUGACCUGUGUGAUGACAGUCAUCUUCUAGGGGAAACAAUAAGACUUAAGGUCCAUCUAAAUGUCCUGCCAUUCUGAAAGGAAAAUAUAGAAAUUUUGAUUAACUUUUAAAGCGUUUUAAUAUCUUUUACAGUGUAAAAAAAAAUGUUCAAAAGCAGAAACACAACAGUAAAUAGGAUCGAGUUGGGAGCAAAUGCUCCUGCUUUUUUUUAAUCUUCAAUUGGGAAUUUAAGGGAAGGAGCCGAGAGCUUUUCAAACACUGUCGACGGAUAUAGGCAUAAUAACUUUUGUAUCGAAUAUGCAUAAUAGCAUUAUAGUUCUGAGCCAUGAUAUAUAUUUUUUAAAUUAUACUUUUGGGUAAAUUUGUUUUCUUUUAUUCCAAGUACAAUUUCUCUAGAGGGUACGACAGGAAUUAGCGACGAGGCGCGAAAAAUAAAAUCUUGAAACACAAGAUUAAUUCCCUUUGAGAUACAGUUUAUUAAUGUGCAAGAGACAAUAAGUGGGGAGCGUUUGCUGUGAUUGAAUUGCAUGCAAUAUUAAAAUGCUUUGCUGUAUAAUAAUUGUACUGUACAUGAAAGAACUCAAUGAUUUUGGUUCCAUUUAGCAAUUUUAACGUCUAUUUUUGGGCUAGCACCAAGAUGUAUAUUGUACGCAAAGUCCACUCCUUGUAUAUUUUAGCGCAGUCUGUUAAUAGUUACGUAUAUUUAUUGGAGUCGAUGAUAAAGAAGAGUACACACAAUGUUUAUUGUCAAACCAUUUUUAACAGUUAUGUACAGUAGUUAUAAUGCUUUGGCCUUUAAUGUAAAUGUUUUUAAAAAGUCAUAGUAGAAAAAAGGUCAACAAGGAAAUACGGGAAAAUGCAUAUCGUACGCCGUGUACAAGCAAGAUCAUUUGUAAGGAAAUAUUGUUGAUAAAAAAGCACUCAAUGCCUUAUGUACGGAAAUUAACAUUGUUGUGAAUGUGUUUUUUUUUUGGACGGACAGGAUUAAGAAACACAAUUAUGAAUUCCACCACCAAAUAACGGGCGCAUGUGAUGUCUUGGUUUACAUUAUUAAUUUGUUGUUGUUACAAAAUUGUGUUACCUGAAGAGAAACAUCACAUUGCAUAAAAGUA